AUGGCUUACGAAGUCAUUGCUCUGAUCCCCAUCACUAUAAAGCCUCAAAAACUUGUGCUUGUUUUCUUUCGUAUUAAACCCUUUGAACUUCUUCUCAUGGGCUCGUUCGCCGCGACGAAUAUCGAUCUGCAAUUGCACAUCUCCGAGUGCUUACCGAAAGAUUUGAUAGUGAAAAUCUUGGAGAUGCUGUCGAUCAAAUCCCUAAUUCGCUUCACCUGCGUUUCGAAACGCUGGCGCUUCAUGAUAUUGUCCGACCCAAAUUUCGCCAAAUCCCAAUUCCAGAUAGCUUCCGAGCAGCAAACCGUAAGUCGCAGAGCCCUCUGCGAAGCUCAUGAAUCUGACUGUGAAUCCCUAGACUUUGAGAAACCGAUGGAUUCCAGAAAGGUUAGGUGCCCAUUCAAGCAACCGGGCCGUCGUGUCAGAAUACUGUGCUCCUGCAAUGGUUUGGUAGUUGCAGCUCCUAGUAAUUCAGAUAUGUAUAUCUGGAACCCAUCAACUGGCUUCUUCAAGAAAUUACCUGACCCAGGUCCUUAUGGUUUUGGCUAUUUGGCCGCCACUGACGACUGCAAACUUAUUGUUAAUUUUUUCCGUGGGGAGAAGAUAGUAAAGGCUAAGGUAUUCUCAUCAAGAGCUAACAGUUGGAAAACUAUUGAACUCCCUUACUGUCCCAUCAAUUACCAGGGGAUUUUUUUUUAA